GCAACAAAUGUAAGGCCAAUAUAUUUUACUGUUGAAUCUGGUUGGACACACCCAUUUCAGUCAGUUGGAUUUCCAAAAUAGUGUAACGCUAACUAUCGGAACUUGAUUUUUACUCACUGUAGGAUCGAAUUCAUUUGGCUUAUUGCUUUAGCUCUGUCUUCUCUGAUCCAAAUAUCCAAAGAGGUUAUCAACUGCUCUCUCAAGGUACUGGUGAUAUUCUUGCUAGCUUGUGUUCUGAUGUUUGGGAUGGGCGGGAUAUUGUACCACUGUCAGAUAGAGAACGUGAACUAAUCUUGGGGUUCCACAAUCGUCAUCUAUCGUCUGCAUACUGUAUUGGAUUCGCUUAUUCUCCGUUGGUUGAUAAAAUUGAGGAAUCUUAUCGACUGUUGUUGGGUAAUCUCCCUAGUUCGUCAGAUAUCUUCAUGCUUCGUUUACCAGGAUCUGAUGAUAUUUCACCAGUAAUACAGCGAAAGGUACUGGAACACCUGGUUUGCAGUCGAUCAUAUUCAAAUCGUUCUCUACUACCGCGUGUUACGAACAAUAUUAACAGCACCAGUCCCAUUUAUGACAGGAUUGUUCGUGAUAGUGAUAUUUCUAGAAGAUCUCAAGCUAUUUCAAAAUCCAGCAGACCACGUAAUUAUCGACUAAAAUUUAUAAAGAAUAUGAAAAACUUCGGUUUUAAUUCCUUCUCUAAAUAUUGGCAGCAUAGCGAUCGGAAAAAAGAAGGGUGUGAUAAAACGGCAGGAACGUAUUCAAAUGAUAAACUUCUAAAACAUUCACCGUCUAAGAGAAGUGAUAGAUUUUCUAGAAAACAUCGAAUUAAACAUAAUCGAAUAAGUAGUAAUUUUGGUGAGUAUGAUAGUAACUGUUUGGUUUUAAAUGAAUUUCCAAAUGCUAAUUUUGUUUCGGAAACUGAUCAUUGCAAAAGUAACGCUGAUAACUUGGACCAUGAUAAGAAGAGUAAUGUACGUAUUGAUCAGAAAGAAGUGGACGUUAUACUGAACAAUCAAAUAUUCUUAGGUCUAAUAAGUAUGCAGUAUCAGGCAAAUCCUCAAGUUGUGAAGUCCAUUAAACAACUUCAUCAAGCUUGUAUACGAUUUGUACAUUUUUCUCGAGAAAAUGAACUUCGAAGUAGAGUGUUCGCUGAACGUUUGGGGUUAGAAUGUGGUUGGAAUUGUCAUAUAUCGCUUAAGAGUCCUAAUUCUGUUAGUAAUCGCAAAUCCGUUGAUCUGCCUAAAGAAUUCCGUAAAAGCUAUAAAUUUUCAUUUGGAACUGAUUUGUUCGUCACUGGAGGAAAAUACUUUGUUGGUUCUCAUCAGACUAAACGGUGGUCAAGUUCCCCGGCACUAGCAACGUCAUAUCCUUCAAAAUUCGGGUCCACAUCUGAUCCACAGUUCUUUCAAUCUACUCCAUUUCCUGAGUAUUGUGAAGCAAACUGUUUGAAAUCAAUCUCUACAUGUUUGAAUUCCCGACAAAUUGACUCUGACUUUGAAUCUUCAUGCUCUCAUGAUCAUAUUAACAAUAAUUUCGCUCAUGCUGCGUCUACCAGUUACCUUCAGCAGAUUCGUUCAAACGAAAUAGGUCCAAAGGAAUCAUUCGGUUCAUAUCACUUGUCCUCGUCAAGUAAUUCAACUAGUUCUGUAUCGCUCUCAGUAGAUGGACAAAGUGAUAAUUCUGAAGAAAUAAAAUUGUCGGAAUUGUUGGUCAGGAACAAGUCCCGACUUCCAUGUGGAAUCGAUAGCAUACGCCCACAUUUAGAAAAUGUCGAUAACGUUCCAUUACAAGUAUCAUUGUUUACUGAUUGUACACCUAAAGCUGUUAGCGAAAUGAUUCAAAUAAUGAAAGAAUAUGGGGAUACUGUUUGCUUAAUUGGAAGCUGUUAUUCAUUAACCAACUACGUAUUGUUUCAACAAUGUGAUGUAGCUAUUGCUGUGAAACCUAUUCUACCCUACUCGAAUUGUCAAUUUGCAAAUACCAAGUACAUUGUCUCGAAUCAAUCUGUUGAUCUGUUAACAAGUGAUCUCCAGUCAGAAGAGUUUAGUUGUUCGAAAAAAAACCCGACUUCUACACAUCAAGAAAGCGAUACUACAAAUUUUAAUACAUUCGACAUUGCUGCACAUCUUGUACACUUAGUUACACCUUGUCUUUUGGAUAUAGAGAAAACAGGAUUUCAUGUUUACGAUCUUAUUGUUGAGGCUCACGCCAGUGUUAAUAACCUCUAUCAUUGUUUGGUGUUCAGUUCAACAACUCCGUUAGCAGUUGGUUUACUACAAUUACUACUAUUAAUAAUCGGGUUGCCUACACGUCCUGUUGUUUUGCUAGAUGUGCGAUCAAAUCUUCAACAAGGCGAAUUAAUUUGGCUGCCUGUGGAACCAUUUCGAUCAGUUAUUUUUGGUUCAAGUGAAGUUUUUGGUAAUUUAAGCAAAACUGAUGAGCACACUAACAUUAAUUUGUUACACUACAGUUCGGAUUGGAAUUUAGAACCAAGUCUUAGCAUUGGUCAAUUAUUUUGGCUACUUUUCAUUGUCAUUCCAUCUUUAACAUUAUCUUUAAUUGAUAGGCGAGUGGAAAGAAACCAACCGUUACGUGAGCCACCGAUUAAGCGUAAUAAACUAUUUACUAAGAAGAGAUGCUUACGCUUUACUUUAGUGACUUGUUUUCGUUUCAUACCGUCACUGUUAAUUUGUCUAUUUUGCGAAAUUGGUCAUCUUUUAUGGGCUCAACAGCUUGAAGAUUGUCACCAAUCAUUUCACAGUAUUUAUACAAAUAAGUUUAAUGGAACAAAUCCCCUAAUUAACGAUUCCAAGGCAUAUACUAAAACACUAUCAUCAUCUUAUGCCCUUCAAGAAUCAUGUCUAUCUAAAUUGUCUAUAUUAAUAUACAGUUUAAAGGAUUUAAUCUUCUAUCAGCUAAUCAUGUACCUAAUUGUUAUAUCAUUUUCUUAUGCCAAUUAUGGUCAAAGAGUAUGGAAAUUUCGGUAUUCUACAAAUCCUUCUUGGUGCAUUGUCUCUAGUCUAAUAUGCAUUCUUCAUUCGGUUUAUAUGAUCGUUCGCUUGUGCGUCGUUAAUUCUUCUUUAAGAUUAACAAGUUGGCACAUUUUAUCUCCAUUCAUAUCGGCAUUUGGUUUUAUCUGGUGCAUUUUGCUAUUUUUUAUUAAUGACUUUAUAUCAUGGAGAGAAAAUCGAGCUAUUAUGACAGAGCAUCGCUUGUCUAGACUUUACUUCAAUACAAAGUUGGGUAUGUAUUCACCGGUUUGAAUCCACUGAAUUCUCGUCAUCUCUCGAACAACAGGAAAUUUUUCAAUGGUUUUCCUUCCUUUUAUUUUUUUGUUUUAUAGUUGUGCCAAUAAACUUAUGAUUCAUAAUU